ACAAAUAACAGAAUAACAGGGGCGCGAUUUGUGUUCCUCCAUCCAUCCUCAUCUCCAUCUCUCUUCCUUUCUAUCUCCUCUCUCUUCGUGUAACCCACUCCACCUUCAUCAUCAUCACCACCUACAUUCUGUAAAUCGAUCCCAUAUUAAUUCGAUGAACACUUCUCAAACCCUAAUUUUCUAAUUUUGAUCCCAUUUUUUUGUUUUUUCGAGGCGGAAUUCGAUUGAUUUGAUAUUUUUGUCUUAUUAACACUGCAAACAAAAUUACACCUAGUGCAAACAAUCCAAAAAUAAAAAUUAAUCUGAAACUUCGCGAUCAGAUCUGGCGUCAUUGAAGCAGAGAUUUUACGUUAAAAGUCUGUAUAUUUCUUGCGCGAUUGAUUGAAUUUUGGUUAUCGUGUUCAGUGGCACAACUUGAAUUUGAAGAACAAAUUCCUUCUGAGUUUUUCUUUUUGGCAGGGUUUUCACAUUUAUCGAAGCGAAUUAUUUAGGGUUUAUCGUCUACCUCCAAUUUAUCUGUGUCGUUUGCAUUUUGGAUCGACUAUUUGAUCUCUACCUCACCUCACCGACUGCAGUGGUAGCUUGACGAUGGUGGAUCCUUUGAUGUGUAGUAUUCUUUGAACUGAUCACUUUAAAUGGAUGAGGGAAGCUCAAAACGAUUUGUCUUUUCUAGUACUUGAAUGAGGAUUGGAGAGGGAAGAUGAAGUAGAGAAAUUAAGCUGUGGAGUAUCUAUAUUCCGUAGCCUUUAGAGCUGGUAGAAGUUGUUAUUUUGUGAGUGUUUCUUCAAUGUGUACUUUAGAGAGUUCUUUAUGAUCCUGGAGCUGAGCCGUUACGUAAGUAAUCUGGACAAUUUUUUAAUAUGCAGUAACCUGGUUUUUCUGUGUUCAAAUGCCUCAUUCUCAUCUUCCACAAAUGAGGCAGGAUUUGACCUAUUCGACCUAAAAUAGGACGAAGAGACCACUAUCAUUAUUGACGAUAGUUUUGCUUAGACGGUGGUUCAUAGUUCCCCUACCCCUGGUUCUAGGAAAAAGGGUUUUGUUCCGUUGGCUCUCUCUUCCCUGAGUUAUCUUCUUGGCAACACCCCACACGGGACCGCAAGCGCCUCGUGUCGUGGGGUGGAAUGGAACAAAUAAGUCAUCCUGGUACUUUUGAGAUUUCUGGUACUGCAUCUAGGGUGCAGGAAAAAUUGAGAAAGACUCAGGCUAUUUAUUAUAAGAAUGGGCAGUUGGAUGAUAAUAUUUUCUGUGAUCAAAGUCCAAGAUUAGUUUAUAUUGAUGAUCCAAGGAGGACAAAUGACAAGUACGAAUUCUCAAGUAAUGAGAUCCGUACUAGCAAAUAUACAUUGCUCAAUUUCUUGCCGAAGAAUCUUUUCAUCCAAUUCCACCGGGUUGCAUAUCUGUAUUUCUUAGCCAUAGCUGCUCUCAACCAACUUCCCCCGCUUGCGGUCUUUGGAAGGACAGUGUCUCUGUUUCCUCUCCUGUUUGUGCUUAGUGUAACUGCUGUAAAAGAUGGUUAUGAAGAUUGGCGGAGACACAGGUCAGACAAGAAAGAGAAUAACAGGGAAACUCUUGUGCUUCAAUCAGGAUGUUUUGAGAUGAAGAAGUGGAAGGAUAUCCAGGCUGGUGAGAUUGUGAAGAUAUAUGCCGAAGAUACAAUUCCUUGUGACAUGGUAUUGCUGGGAACAAGUGAUACUAGUGGUAUUGCCUACAUUCAAACAAUGAAUUUGGAUGGUGAGUCUAAUUUGAAGACCAGGUACGCGAGACAAGAAACAGCAUCAGCUGUUGCAGAAGGAGAGACAGUUUCAGGACUGGUCAGAUGUGAACAACCAAACAGGAAUAUUUACGAGUUCACAGCCAAUUUGGACUUCAAAGGGCAUAAGUUUCCACUCAGUCAAUCAAACAUAAUUUUGCGUGGUUGUCAGCUUAAAAACACGGAAUGGGUGAUUGGUGUUGUGGUAUAUACUGGUCAGGAAACUAAAGCAAUGCUGAAUAGUGCAGCUUCCCCUGCUAAGAGAAGCAAAGUGGAAAAUCAUAUGAAUCGGGAAACUCUAUGGUUGUCGGUUUUUCUGCUUAUCAUGUGUUCUGUUGUGGCUCUUGGAAUGGGCCUGUGGCUUCAACGCCACAGGGAUCAGCUUGACACAUUACCUUACUACCGGAAAAGAUAUUUUACAAGCGGAAGAAAGGCAGGAAAAAACUACAAAUAUUAUGGGAUUGCUAUGGAAACUUUCUUUGCCUUCUUGAGUUCCAUUAUAGUCUUUCAGAUUAUGAUACCAAUAUCACUUUAUAUCACAAUGGAGUUGGUUAGACUAGGACAAUCCUAUUUCAUGAUUGGAGAUAAGCAUAUGUAUGAUAGCAGUAGUGACUCUAGGUUCCAAUGUAGAUCUUUGAACAUAAAUGAGGACUUGGGUCAGAUACGCUACAUAUUCUCAGAUAAGACUGGGACACUUACACAAAACAAAAUGGAAUUCAGGACAGCUAGUAUUCAUGGAAAGAUGUACGGGAGUAUAUCUUUUGCUGCUGCACCUUCCCCAGGCCAGAGCCUUUCAGGAGUCACUAGUGUAACAUAUGUGCCUAGAAAAAGAUGGAAACUGAAAUCUGAAGUAGAUGUUGAUUUUGAACUUAUGGAAUUGUUGCAUAAAGGAUCGGAAGGAGAUGACCGAAAUGCAGCUCAUCAGUUCUUCUUGACAUUAGCUGCAUGUAACACAGUCAUUCCUAUUUUCAAUCGAAGUUCUUCUCUGGAGCAUGCAGGAAAUGACGUUGAAGUAGACACUGAAGCAAUUGAUUACCAGGGUGAAUCUCCUGAUGAGCAAGCACUUGUUGCCGCUGCUUCUGCUUAUGGAUAUACCCUUUUUGAGCGCACUUCUGGUCACAUUGUGAUUGAUGUCGAUGGGGAGAAGCUCAGGUUAGAUGUGUUGGGUCUGCAUGAAUUUGAUAGUAUACGGAAAAGAAUGUCCGUCGUAAUUAGAUUUCCUGACAACUCAGUCAAAGUAUUAGUAAAAGGUGCUGAUACUUCUAUGUUCUCGAUUUUGGCCAAAGGAAUGGACAAAGAUGAUCAUGUAGAAACUGCUACUCAAGGUCAUCUUCUUGAUUAUUCUUCUUUUGGUUUACGUACACUGGUUGUGGCUGCACGAGAUCUGACAGAUGAAGAACUUGAGGAGUGGCAGAAAAAGUAUGAGGACGCUAGUACCUCUUUAACUGAUAGAUCUGCAAAACUACGUCAAACAGCAGCUUUAAUCGAGCGUGACUUGACAUUACUUGGGGCUACUGGUAUAGAGGAUAAGUUACAAGUUGGUGUGCCUGAAGCUAUUGAGUCCCUUCGCCAGGCGGGCAUUAAAGUUUGGGUUUUAACUGGUGAUAAGCAAGAGACAGCAAUCUCCAUUGGGCUUUCUUGUAGACUCUUGACCACUGAUAUGCAGAAAAUUAUCAUCAAUGGGACUUCAGAACAAGAGUGCAGAAGCCUUUUAGCUGAGGCAAAGUCCAAGUAUUUUGUCGCAUCAGCAUGUUGUGGAGAUGAGAGCUUGGUACGGAAAAAGGACGCUACAAAUGGUUAUCUUGAGAUCCCAGAUGAUUCAAAUAGUGCGGAUAUAGUCUCAUGGAGCCCAGGAAAAGAAGAAGAAUUGACAAGUUCUUCAUUGGCUCUAAUUAUUGAUGGGAAUAGUUUGGUUUACAUUCUCGAGAAAGAUCUUGAGUUACAGCUUUAUGAUCUUGCAACUUCUUGUCAAGUUGUGAUUUGCUGUCGUGUUGCACCCUUGCAAAAGGCUGGGAUUGUUGAUUUAAUAAAGAGUCGCACUGAUGAUUUGACACUGGCUAUUGGUGAUGGUGCAAACGAUGUUUCAAUGAUUCAAAUGGCGGAUGUUGGGGUUGGAAUUUGUGGUCAGGAAGGACGUCAGGCGGUUAUGGCGUCUGAUUUUGCUAUGGGACAAUUUCGUUUUUUGAAAAGACUACUAUUGGUGCAUGGUCAUUGGAACUAUCAGCGUGUUGGUUAUCUGGUCCUCUACAACUUCUACAGAAAUGCAGUAUUUGUACUUAUGCUGUUCUGGUAUAUAAUGUGUACUGCGUUUUCAACAACUCAGGCGUUGACUGAUUGGAGCAGUGUCUUUUAUUCUGUUAUAUACACUUCUGUGCCAACUAUUGUUGUUGGAAUUUUGGAUAAGGACCUGAGUCAUAAGACAUUGCUUGAGCAUCCAAAGCUCUACGGUGCAGGACAUAGACAAGAGAGCUAUAAUUUGCAGCUUUUUUGGAUAACAAUGCUGGACACCUUAUGGCAGAGUCUUGUCCUCUUUUAUGUUCCCCUGUAUACAUACUUCGACAGUACCCUUGAUAUUUGGAGUUUGGGCAGUUUGUGGACUAUUUCUGUUGUACUCCUUGUUAAUAUGCACUUGGCAAUGGACAUUCAGCGCUGGGUAGUUAUCACUCAUUCUGCUGUAUGGGGAUCAAUAGUCAUCACAUGUGUAUGUAUGGUGGUUUUGGAUUCUAUACCUAUUUUUCCGAACUACUGGACCAUUUAUCAUCUUGCAGUUACACCUACUUAUUGGCUAACAAUUGCCCUAAUUUUAGUCGUGGCAUUGCUUCCCCGCUUUCUUUGCAAAGCUGUGUUUCAAAUGUUUUGGCCUUCAGAUAUUCAGAUAGCUAGGGAAGCUGAGAUAAUGAAAAGGCGGAAAAAGCUAGAUGCAAAAACAGAGCAUGCCAGUUGAUGUGUUUAAUGUACAAACGUACAGGCUUUAUUUUCAAGACUACUGAUGUGCACCUAUUCUAUCUAUGGCCCCCAUCCCUCAAGUUCCACCAGUGAUGCUUGUCGGGAUGAUUUUUAAUAAGAUUGAAAAGGUUACUGACGUCAGUUUCGUCCUCGAUGAUGGAACCGGGAGGAUUAGUGUUAACAGAUGGGUUAAUGAACCUCACGACUCAAAUGAAAUGGCAAAGACAAUGUUGUUCAAUUCAAAGACUCGUCUCAAAUAUUUGCCUCGUGCUUGGAAGAACGACUGAAUUGAUCAAGACCACCAUAUUGAGGCCUCUACGCCACCUUUUGUAUAGCUAUGUAAAUGAGCAUCAAUUUGACACGUUAGCUAUUUUUUGUACAUGCUGAAACAAGUUAACGUAUCAAUUAUUGGAUGUACAACUCAAACAAAGUUGGGUGAGAAAAUCGUAGGUGAUCUCUUUUGGUAAACAUACACUUCUACUACUAUCAAGUAUAUACAAAGUUUAUGCUUUUCUUUUGGCGUUUA